UCGCUCACUGUUCCCCAUCCCAAAACUGCGGCAACCCCUCCCAGGUCUGGCGGCGCAGGGCCCGGCCGGCGGCGAUGGUUCUGGAGCACUUCUUCGGGUUCCUACAGGGCAAGCGGCACGGGGCCAAGACGGCGAUGCGGGAGCUGGAGAUCUCCCUGCGGGCCAAGGACCCGGUGACCCCGCUGGAGGAUACCGAGAUUUAUUCGAUUACCAUGGAAGCAACCUUGGCCUUUCUCCUCAACUUUCUCGGGUCGGGCUCCCUUGUGUGGUUUGCUACGAGAAAAGCUCCUAAGUUUCUUGGGUUUCGACCUCUGACUGGUCCACAGUCAUUCAGCUACUCUUUCGGUUGUGCCUCACUUUUGGGGAAUAUGAUGUAUUAUGAGUCCUAUGUUGCAUCCGCCACACAUGUUUUGGAAGGUGGAGAAGAAUGCAUGAAGAUGGAGCUAGCUAAAAUAAUACUUAAUAACCAUAGCACUGACGAAUUGCUGGUUGGAGCUGUACAAAGACACUUCAUAGCUGAGAAUCUGUUGAGUGACCAGCAUCAAGAUCAACGACUUUUCAGGUGGCGCCAGCGUAACUCAUAUGUGGACUACACUUUCAAGGAAAGGAUGAAGGAGUAUGAAGCAAACAGCUCAGAGGACGACGAGGCUGAAUCAAGUGUAAGCACUAGAUUAUUUGAGGAGGACUCUCUGGCCUGUAUACUUGGCACUCCAGGGAGCAACACGGAGAUGAGCAAAUCCGCUGAGCACACAGGAGGCACUGUCCUUACGAGACGAGAGCUGCACGUUCACCGGGAAGUCAUCGGACCUCGACGCGGGCAUGCUGACAAAGCCCCCGCGUUUUGAUGGAAGCCUUAGCGGUGGCGUGGAAAAGAUCACAUCUAGAGAUUUGCAUGCAGUUGUAAUUUGUAGGGGAGCUGUAUGUUUCGAAGAGACGUGCAUCUAGAGAUGGACGUGUUAUGUCUGUUCCAAAUUCGACUCUACCAAAUCGAUGAGUCCUA